GUUUCUGUUCCAGAUUGUGCUGACUCACAUUCAAGAAAAUAUGACACACAGACACAAUGCUCUGUAACUCUUUUCCUUCCCCCCAGUACCCUCGAAAGUUUCUGUAGCUCACGCAUUAAAUGGCUGAGACAGCAGCUGUAAUAUCAAGAGAUGAAGAGGAGAUCCAAAACAGCAGCAACGAUGAAGACCGAUUUCCAACUCACGAUGCUGUAUCAGCAUAUCCUGGUUGCUCUGCCAGCCCUUCACUAGACAGUGUUAAUGAAGACAAGAGAAGCUCAGCAGAGCCAGAAAGACUGUCUGUCCUCUCCAGCAGGGCAGUGGCCCAGCUAGAAGCCCUGACUGGAUCAGAGAUGGUUAGUGGUGGCCAAGCACAGAGGACAGCCCCUGGGCUGGCUAAGCGUCCUCUGGCAGCUGUAGAUGCGUUGUUAGGCGCCUCCUCAUGCCCUGCAGCAGUUGAUAACCUGCUGCCUCUGGAUCUUGCCUCUCUGCAUGCCAAAAGCUCCUGCUACCAUGGCAAAUUGAGUUCCAAGGUGCUGCAGGCCCCAAGGCUGCCCGCUGAGGCCAGCGUGGCUGCAUGGGCUGGGACUGACGUGCAGCAGGCAGGUAGCGGCAUCGAGGGCAGUAUGGCCUCCUACAGUUUGGGCCGUAUAGUUUGGAUGAAGACCACAACAGUAAUGCAGACCUUAGAAAAUAAGAAAAAGGAGGAAAAGGAGAAGUACCGUCUCCAGCUAGCUAUGUACCGACGGCUUCUGCUGCUGCGCUCCAUCAGGAGUUUGCACAGGCAGCUGGAGCAGCAGCAGGCCAGGCUGCAGGAAUGUUAUGGCGUGGUGAUAAAUACAAAGAAAGAAGUGUUGAAACACAUUGGCUCAACCUUGCCCUCACCUUCGCUGUGAUCAUGCCGCUGCCUGCAGAAUUGAGCUUUGUCACGCCACCAGAGCCCCCAGCAAACUUGCAUGCAUAGGGCUGGUGUCCUCGUAUGCGCCGAGUGGAGAGGAAACAGCAG